AUGAUGUCACGUUGUUAUUCUAUUUCAGGAAGCAAGAAGGGGAAUGCCUUCAGCUUGAGAGGGGAAAAAGUGCGUCAACAACUGUUUUGCAGCAUAAACCACGUUUUACUUCAAUUUCACAUGGGAAAAAGGGACACCCUUUGAUGGGAGAGAUGGCGUUCUACCAGGAAGGCCCCUCAACUAGCAGCACCAUGGAAACGUCAAACUUUGCCCAUGUGAUCUUCCAGAAUGUGGGGAAGAGCUACAUCCCCAACGCUGCCCUGGAGUGUCACUACACCCUCACCCAGUUCAUCAGACCGCACCACAAGGACUGGGUCGGCAUCUUCAAGGUCGGUUGGAGCACUGCACGAGACUACUACACGUUUCUGUGGUCACCUUUUCCUGAGAACUACGCUGAGGGAACCACAAUCAACAGAGUAGUGGUGUUUCAAGGAUACUAUGUUCCGAACGACGACGGGGAGUUCUACCAGUUCUGCUAUGUCACACACAAAGGCGAGAUCCGGGGGGCUAGCACCCCCUUCCAGUUUCGGGCCAGCCACCCCACGGACGACCUGCUGACUGUGGAGGACGAGAACAACUCCGACAUUCUAGUGGUCACCACGAAAGCUGGCCUGCUGGAGCAAAAGGUGGAGGAGGCUCGGAAGGAAAAAGAGGAGCUUGUGAGGGCUAUGACGCUCCUGCAGAGAGAGAAGGAGGAGGUACAGGAGGAGAGGGAGAAAGUGCAGAGAAAGUGUGAGGAGGAGAGAGAAGUCUGUGCCCAGCUGAGGAAAGAGAACCAGGAGCUCCAGAGUGCCUCUCAGAACCUGCAGGAGGAGAGGGAGGAGGUGAAGAGGAAGCACCAGGAGGUGACCUCCAGAGUCCACCAGCUGGAGGAGGACCUCAUCGGUGUCACACAGAAAGGAAUCCAGAAAGAGACAGAGAUGGACUGCCUACGGGACAGAGUGAAGAAGCUGAUGGUGGAGAAGGACAGUCUGGAGUCUCAGCUGCAGAACGAGCGCGAUGAGAAGGAGCUAUAUAAGGUGCACCUGAAGAACAGGGAGCUGGAGACACGGAAGCUGACGGCGGAUCUGCAGAUGCAGAAGGUGGUGGAUGUGAACAAGGAGAACAUGAUCACUCAGUUUAAGGAGGAGGUGGGGCGUCUGCGGUCGUGCCUCGCCGAGAAGGAGAAACUGCAGAAGGAGAUCCUGUCCAACAGCGCCUCCCCGACGGAGAAGGACGCGCUGAAGGAGCAGCUCCGCCAGACGGAGGAGCAGCUGCAGGCCACGCGGCAGCAGGCCUCCAUGCUGGCCUCGGAGCUGAGGGACGUGUCCAGCGCACGCGACCGCAGCAUUUCUGACCUGCACCGCCUACGCGUGGAGAUGGAGGCGCUGUGCAAGAGCCAGGCCGACACCCAGGCCCAGUACAGCCGCAUGCAGGAGCAGCUGGACAGCAUGAGGGCUGCCGCCCUGCAGGAGGCCCAGGCCGGGGCAGAAGGAGGGGGGGAUGCGGAGGCUGGGAAGGAGGCAGAGCUGCAGAGAGAGGUGGAGGACCUGAAGCUGAGGUUGCACAUGGCUGCUGAACACUACAAGGAGAAAUACAAGGAGUGCCAGAAACUCCAGAGACACGUGGCCAAGCUCUCCGAGCAGCAAGGGGACUCAAAGAAAAGUGCGGUGGCAGCAGAGAUGCCCUCCAGCCCGGAGCAAGGGAGCCCAACAUCCUCCAAUAUUGCACUUGAUGCAAUUAUCCAGGAGAAACUGAAAGGCAUUAAUAAAGAAGUGAUCGAGAAAAGUGACAAGUACAAGAAAUGCAAACAGAUGCUGAGUGAGGAGAAGGAGCGCAGCUGCAUGUUUGCUGAAGAGCUGGCGAAGGUUGAGGUGAAAUGGAAGGAGCAGUUGAAGAUAAAUGAGAGCUUGAAGCUGCAGCUGGCAGCCGCAGAGGAUCGAUAUAAGAGCCAGGUGGCAGAGAAAGGGCGGGAGGUUAAAGAGCUGAAGGAGAACGUGGCGCUGCUUGUGAAGGAGAAGGAGAAGCUCGAGGAGGGGCUGAAGAAGAGCUCAGAGGUAAAGGAGGGUCUGGUGUCGGAGGACUCCAGUCUGGAGGGCAGCCAGCCCAUGUUCCUGCAGUACCCCCUCCCGUACACCCAGGAUGCACCACCAACUGCCCUGGUGGCCCAGCAGUCCACAGAGCUGCGCUAUGGGAACCCCUACACCACUCCUGACCCAGAAGACGGAGCGGAUGCAGAGUUCCCCUCAGACCAGAUGCCCAUACGGCCCCCUGUGGGGCCCCCUUCCUGGGACAGUAAUGUGGUCUGCAUCCAGCCCUCCCGAAACCCCAGUCCCCCCGAUGGCCUGGAGGAGCCUGAGGCGCCCAGCAACGAGGGUGGUGCCACAGAACAGCCAGUGGCAGGGGAGCCCCAGAGCCCCCUCCUCACCGAUGGCCGGCCCCGCUUCUGCUUUGAUUCCAGCUUGGACAUUCAGAAACGCUGUCCACUCUGCGAAGUCAUCUUCCCUCCCAACUACGACCAGAGUAAGUUUGAGGAGCACGUGGAGAGCCACUGGAAGGUCUGUCCCAUGUGCAGCGAGCAGUUCCCCCUGGACUGUGACCAGCGGCUGUUUGAGAAGCACGUGCUCACGCACUUCGACAGCAACGUCCUCAACUUCAGCUAGACGCUUCCCCCAAAACACCAGAGCCGGUGAAAUUAACCUUAGCGUCACCCUGUAGUAGGCCUCCAGCUAGACAUACUAUUUAGUUUAUGCUGCCAUUCCAAGUAGCAAAUGCAUACAGUCGCAUGCAGUGGUUUGAAGAUUCUCAGUUAGGGACCUGAAUUCUAAUUAGCCUCCUUUCUCAAUAAGAUUUCUGAGAGAUCAGCAGUGACACUGUAGAGGGCUCUCAGGAAGUGUCCACCUCGCACUGCUCCUCUGUGUGGCUCCGGUGGAUAAAAGACAUGAAUCUGAGGGCCACCUGAUCUGUAUCACUUGAUUGGUUUGCAGUUUAUACCGUUUACUUUGCUCGGGCACAUAAAUGUCUAGGUGGCAAUCGCACAUUGCACUGAAUGCUGGAAAGGUUGAGACCUCCUCUAGCGGAAGUACAUGAACUUGGUCACUGCUUUGGGGUUAAGAGAUGCAAGUACUUCUAUGCUAUAGUUAAAAUUAUUACAUGGUAUCAUAUUAGAAUCCAUUUUAAAAUAUUUUUUAAGUUUACCACCAAAUUAUUACACUAUAUUUAUGGAAAGAAACAAAGUAAAAUAAUGUCACAUCAGUAAUUACUCUAGAGUCUAUAUAUUUUUUCCUUGCAUUGUGACUCCAGGUCUCUUCCACAAACCUCGACCUUUCACCCCACUUACAUGCAUACCUGAUUUUACCUACAUAUAGGGCUUCUGUUAGAUUGCAAUAUAUCUGUUUGAUCAUUUUUUUGUUAGUUGCCUAUGUUUUUGGGUUAUUAGGAAGACUCAUUUCUUUAUUUGUCCUGUCUAAACUAAUCUUAUAAAGUCUUUGUUUGCAA